UCAGCAACAGUGCCACGUCAGCAGUGCCACAUCAGCACCAGUGCCAUGUCAGCAGCAGUGCCACGUCAGCAGUGCCACGUCAGCAGUGCCACAUCAGCAGUGCCACGUCAGCAGUGCCACGUCAGCAGGGCCGCGUCAGCAGGGCCCCGCUACCAUGACGGGUUCAUCAUUGGGCCUGCCAGGCCAACAGGCCGACGAGCUGACGAGUACCAUCAUCGGGCUCUAGCUCUUCUGGCACGGACCGAGGCGGAGGUACAGCGCCAGGCGGUAGCCGAGGCCGACCCCCUACAGGCUGAAGCAGAGGCAGCAGCUGAAAAGCAGCGGCUUCAGGCCGAAGCAGAAGCAGAUGCCCAGGCCCUCCGCAAAGAGGCCCAAGAGCUGCUGCAGCGGCACGAAGCCACCAGUGUCGAGAAGCUCAAGUUCUGGUUUUUUGAACCGUCCGCCGACCAUGACGACGCAACACCGGAAGAGCAGCACAAGGGGUUUUUCUCCAAACUCGUGACAGGGUUGGUUUACAUUUGUAACCACCAACAGUCCGAGUUAGAGAAACAGCACCAGGAACUAAAGAAACAGCACCAGGAAUUGGCGAAUCUCAGACGGACAGUGCAGAACCACGAGGAUGCUACACGGGCACUUCAUUCCCGUGUACAGGACUUGGAGCAAGCAGCACCAAAACCAGAUGCUGACGAGUCCAGCAGUGCACCCUCUACCCGCCAAUUGGAGCAACGAGUAGACCAUGUAGUCACAAUGUUCGGUGACAUCAGCACCUUCGCUGCACCAGCCACCAUCAGCAAGCAGCUGGACACCUUGAAGAUCGAGGUUUAGCAACUGCACCAUCUGCCCAACAAGGAUGGCAACACCAGUGCGCAGCACUACAAGAUGCCGACAUUCCGCAUCGAAAAGUU